AUGGUGAAGGGCUCCUGCAAUCCAGGUUUCGAACGGGACGACGGCGGCAGCGGCGACUCUAGCAAUCUCGCGGCCGGGGGGGACGGCGUGGGGACUUUGCGCCCGCGCUGCCGGGGCCGCUCGCCGGGCAGUGCGGCCAAACGCGGCCGGUGCUUUUCCACCGCCCGCUCCCGCCUCUGCGCCGAGAGCUUCGGCCCAGCGCUCCCCGGCCGCGCUUCGCAGACAGUCUCAAAGUUCACCAUCGGCUCAUACUUGCAAAUAUUUGGCCAGUCAGGAACAUUCGCCCCGUCGGGUUUGGGAGCCAAGGCGCUGCCUCACCGGCGGUGGUUACCUGCCGGUAGGGCCGCCGGGCUCGGAGCAGCCGGCCGAGGCCGACCGCGCCGCAUUCCGCCGGGCCCGGCUGCAGCGGCGGGACCCGCGGGGCUCGCCCGGUCACAGCGGGACCCGCGGAGCCCGGCCGCCAGCGCCGCCAGGACCUGUCCGGGAUGGCGCCCGGCGGACAGGGGCGGGGAGUUCGGUGGCCGCGGAGGUUCCUCGGCUCGGCUGCUCGGAGGAGAUCGGCCGGGCCGCCCUGCCGUCUCCGGCGGUCACCGCCGGUACCGAGCCCGGAGGAGCUGCCCUGCCUGCACGGAACAGCCCGAGUCGGGUCACCUGCGGGCCGCUUCAUUCCCCGCACGAAUCGAGCAGGGUGUGCGCCUACAUGUGGCUCCUGUGUACGGGCCGCAGCCUCCCCAGGAGCUCCGUCUCAAAGCUUCAGUUCGGGCGGGGUGAGGAUGCACAGAAUUCCUCUUGCUGCCAUCACUCGCAAUACGAAGAACAGAUGUGUCUGUCGCUGCUUGCACAGCGCCCAGGUGCACCACGGGCUUUUAGCUCUGCUGGUCCUGAAGGUCCCUUUGGAAGGACAAGCCAAGCCCACUGGAGCAGGUGCAGGCUUAAAAUUGCUACAGAAAGAUCUGCAGGGAAAAUGAAUCAAACAUAGUGAUGGCUGGAGAAAAAGAAGAUGCAAUUCUUCGUUCUGAGUGUUUUAGUAAAAGAGAAACUUGUGACAGUAAAUUACUCAGAAGGGAUUUGACAGAUUUCUUGCAAUUAAAAAUUUAAAGGAUUCAACAGGAAACAAAAAUGACAAUGCACCAAACCUCCAUGUUUUUGUUUCACACAGUGCAGGGUGAACUUUUGUUUCAUGAGCAAAUGCAAGGCCAGCAGAGUCAGUUGGCAUACUCCAGUGUCCUCUCAGGAGAAUGGAUUCUGUAGUUACAGUAGGGAAACAUUAUUUUUAGAUUACAGAGUAUACUUUUCACUAUCAAGAGAAAAAAAUUAAUCCUAAAUAGUUUUAUAUGCAGUCAGUAUUUUCUAAAAUUAUAUGUCAUGGUUUCAGUGCAGUAGCAGUGCCUCACAGGGCUGCUUCCACAGGGAGCUGCAGCACUGUCUAAACAAUGAAAACACUGAUAAAAACUCUGAACAAAGUCCUGGUUCAGAGGAAAAGCCUCAAGUCUGGGACAGGAGUGAUUUUUAGGUGUUUCAGAGUGAAGAGUAAAAUGUCCCUGACUGCACCCAACUGUCCAAAUUCAGCUUGUUCUACUCAAGUGAAUCCAUUUCCAGAAAUGGGACCAACACAGAGCUGGACUUUUUGCCUGCUGGGAGAAAUAUCAUCUGGAAUAAAAGCUGGUAAGCAGUUUAUGCUCAGAGUCUUCAAGAGGGCUUGUCUGACUUUGAAGUCAGCAGAAACAAGAAUAGGCCAUGAACAUUAAAAAUAAAAAGUCAGUGCUGCACAAAACAGCAGGAUAACUAAGAAAGUGUAAGCAGAAUUGUAUCACUAAGUUUGUGAUUUAAUAACAAUACCUACUCCUCUUUAGUCUUUAAAACAUACUCACAUUUUAUAAUCAUUCUAAAAUUAAGGCCUAACUACAUGUUUAAAAAAAUUAAAGUAAAUCAGAACGUUUAGGAUCAGAUUCCAUUCCUAAUUACUGUAAUUAACGAACAAGUCCCCACAAUUUAAGGACUGGUUUGCUCAGUUUUGGUUGGUUUUUUUUUUGUUUUUUUUUUACAUAGACCCCUUUUAUCUAAGUUAAGAACUUUUAAGUCUUCUAUUUUUACACAGAAACCUAAAUUCCUGUUUAAAUUAUUUUAAUAUAGUAUAAAAUAAAGUUCCCAGACUUAUCAAAAAGACAUAUCUUUGUCUUUUUAUUUUCCCUCCCUCUGUGAAGACAAAUUAAAUAUUUAGAACCAGCUCAUCCCCAAACAAGCCCAAAUGCUUAUUU